UUUAUUUCUUCUCUCCGCUUCUCUGCUGCUGCCCCGUCUCUCCGUUGGACAAACAAGGCUAGCAAUUGCAGUUUCUUUCUACAAUUUCUUUUACAUCAUGCCACCGUUAGCAGCACCAUGUUCAUUUUUUCUCUAACUCCUUCCCAAAAGGAGUUGAAGAAACCCACUAAAGUAGCAGAGAUGCAGCGGAGAAUGUCUACACCAGGAAGGCCUUCCUGUACAGACGGUUCAGAUUUCUCGUAUUGGAUGGUUGUUGAUUCUUGUCGGAAGUGGAGCCAAGUGAAUGUGUUGAGACUUUUUAUGGCCAAUUCAUCUAUUGUUGUCUCAUUCUUGAUAUAUUGCACCUUUCAGAAGUAUUCAACAUUCAGAGACCUUCUAUAUUCCAAAGGCACCAAUGUUUCCACCUCACGAGGAGGAGAUUGAGGCUAUUUUAGAUGAGGAGACUGUAUUUUCUACCAUUAAGGGAAUACAACGAUAUUUGGUUCAGUGGAAAGAGUAUCAAUUAUCUGACACUUCUUGGAUUACUACUGAUGAGCUCUGGAGAUUAGAUCCUAGCUUUUUGAGUGGUCUUUGCACACUAACUCUCCAGAGUUGAGUUCUUUUCAACCGGUGGAGAAUGAUGGAGAACAAUCUCCCAAGCUUUGGAAGAACAUUCAUUCUAGAAGUAAAUCUAAGAAGUAGGAUUUAAUUUGUUAGUGGACUGGUUUGUUUGGUUUAUUUUUUUGGUAGGUGGGCUUCAUUUUCCCAUGGGCUUAAACCCAGGGCUAUGAAGCUCAUGUUUAGGUUUUAUUAUGUUUGGAGCUAAACUUUGAUUAUUGAUUUGUUUAGAAUUUUCUGAAUUUUGACUAUUUGAGUUAUUUGUCCUACAUCACAAUAAGUAUCUAUAAUUGAAGGAUUCCUAGAACACAUAAACUAGCUUUGUUGUGUAUCUUGGAGAACAAGAAUGGAAACUUUUCGAUAUCAGAAGAACCAACAGACUCCUUAAAAUUUCAAUCAUUAUGCAAGGCUUCAGAAUGUGCACAGAACAAGCUAUUGAUACAUGAUGAACCACAUCAAUGGUCAAGCUAUCAAUUAAAUUUAAAAUAUAUUGCUCAGAAAAACCGAACAGUUUCAAAAAAAAAAAAAAAUCUAAGAAUAUAGAUAGCCUUGUUGCUAAAUGUAAAUCAAGUUUAUAUUAAGCUUAAUUUAAAAUUCAUGACAAUUUUACUUUUAUUGAUUAUAUUCUGACCUAA